CAUUUAAAAAAGUUUUUACUUUUCAUGUUAAUUGCUUUACACAUUAAAGCUUCUCGUCGUUUCAACCAGCCUAUAUGGACUUGGGAUUGUAUAAAUGGAAAAUGUUUACCCAUUAAGGCAACUAUUUCUGGAAGACUUCAGUCUCUUAUUACAUGUAAUAUGCUAUGUACUACAAUUCAACUUUGGCCACAACCUACUGGGUCGGUCAGUUUGUCUACUACAGCCGUCCCCGUGCGGGCUGAUCUAUUCCAGCUACAAGUGCUAGACUUUACAUCGCAGCCAGUUCUCGAACAUUUACAAAACGCUUUUGACAUUUUUCGCCAAGAAUUAAGUUUCACCGAAGAACAGUUGCGUGGAUUCGAUGAAUGGUAUAAGGUUGUUGUGCGAGUGAGAAUCAACGGAAGUGGCGAUCCUCGCAUGCGACUCGACACUGACGAAAGCUAUGCGCUGUCCGUGCAACCAGAGGUCGGCAGCGUCGGCACCAUGGCAGUGUACAUCAUUGCUAAUUCCUUUUGUGGUGCAAGGCAUGCGCUCGAAACUCUCACGCAACUAAUAUGGCUCGAUCCUUAUGCUGGCUCUCUAUUAAUGUUGGAAGCGGCUACCAUUCAAGACGCGCCUCGCUUUCGAUAUCGCGGUUUAAUGAUCGACACUGUACACAAUUAUUUUCCCGUUGAAGAACUUUUACGUACUAUUGACGCUAUGGCUACUUGUAAACUUAACACAUUUCAUUGGCACGCGACUGGUGCUCAAGCAUUUUCGAUAAUGUUUAAUAGUGUACCGCAGCUGGCCAAGUUUAAUGCUUAUGGCAAUACCACCAUAUAUACUCCCGAUGAUGUACGUACUAUAGCGCGAUAUGCACGAUUCCGAGGGAUAAGGGUAAUAUUGGAGAUCAACGUCCCCGCACAAAUUGGUCAAGCGUGGGAUUGGGGUCCGGACCUCGGUCUUGGAGAAUUAGCGUAUUGUUCUAACUUGGAGCCGUGGUAUCUGUACUGUGAUGAGCCUCCAUGCGGUCAGCUCAAUCCUCGUAACGAUCAUAUAUACAAUAUACUUGAGCGACUGUUUCUAGAAGUCACCCAACUGACGGGAGUGGACGAUCUUUAUCACAUUGGUGGAGACGGGAUGUCGGACCGAUGUUGGACAAAAUACUUUAACGACACGGAACCUAUGGAUCUCUGGGUAAAUUUCACUCGUAAAACAUUGCAAAGUUUACAAAAAGUUAAGGGAAAUUUGCCAAAACUAACUUUAAUUUGGUCUUCACAAUUAUGCGAAAAAAUAAAAACAGAUUUAAGAGAAUACCUGAACUAUAUAGGGUUACAGGCUCGUAACGUGGCUUGGAACGAAAAUUUUGUGCGCGGUCUGAGAACCGUUCUAUCAAACGAAGACGUUUGGGAUUUGAACAGUGGAAUGGGGUCGUGGCACGAGGACUCGGAGGGAGCGCCGUACAACUCGUGGCAGAAGAUAUACGAGUACCGGCCGUGGGCGAGCAGCAGCCUGGGUCUCCUGGAAGGUGGCGAGGCGACGGUGUGGUCGGCGACGCUGGGUUCAGGAGGGCUGGAGCAGCGCGUGUGGCCCCGCGCCGCCGCGUUGGCAGAGCGCCUGUGGUCUGACCGGCCUGAGGGCGCCACGCGGCCGGUGCAGGCGCGGCUCGAUGUCUACCGCUCAAGGCUCAACACACGGUACAAUGUUAAGGCCGAGCCUAUUUGGUCUAUGUGGUGCAGCCAUAACACAUAUACAUGCCUUUAAAUAAACCACAGUAUGUAUUUUAAGAUGAAGAUAUUAAUUGAUUUAUGACUGAAACUUUGUUUUCAAUUAAUUUUAUUUUUACUAUAUGCUAACACAUUUGAUUGAAGCGAAAUAAGAGUGAUCUACUCAUACUUUUCACGGUAUUUACUAUAUUUACACCCGCAUUUUUACGAGACAUAUCAGACAGUUAUAA